CUCAUGUAAAUUCCCUAUAAAGCCCAGCCAAAUGCAUUUUAAAUCGAAAGAGUUAAAAUGGUGAUUACAAUAAAACACAAUUUUAAUCGAAUAAUCACCCCUAAACGCAGCAAAUAAUGGGUAGGUUCAGAAGGCGCAGCAGUUGAGCGUAACGGUUGCUAAACAAAUCAGUGUUCUUUAUGCGUUGUUGUUGUUGUUGUAGCAGAAUACAAAUUCCCCAAAGAAUUUUUGGGUAGUGUUGCUGGAGUGACAGUCCUCCGCCAGAUAUAAAUCUGGGUCGUUCCGGUUACGUAGACCGGACUAUCGUGGGAACGUUCUUUAUGCGUCUUCUGAACGGCUUGAUACAUCAGCUGUCAAAUUCAACUCUCAAAGCAUAAUCACACAGUAAUCAAAAUGCUACCGAAAGACUGCUUGGAACGUCGAGUUAUUGCAUUUAUCAAUAAAGAAAUUGGAGAUGACUGUAAGAAACUAUAUCGUGCUGCUGUGUUGGUAGACAAAUACCAUGAAUCCAUCGAACAUAUAAAGGACAAAUUAAGCUGUGAAUAUGACGAAACAUCGAAUUCUACAGACAUCAAAUCAGCAUUACACGCCCAGCAAAAAGUUAGUCAAAGCAUGGAAUUUCAAAUAGAGAAGCUUUGCCAGUUCAGCACCCGGUUGUCAGCAAAAAUUGGAAAAACGAACGAAGCGCUGAGCAAAGUUUUAAAAGAUUUAGAAAACGUGCGUAAGUUACAACGAUUGAAGCAAUAUUUGAAAAUUGUGCAAGAUAUACAAGAAGUCAGCCAAAGCCUUAAUGAUACCAUUCGUACAAAAGACGAAGCUAAAAUGGUCAACAUAUAUUUGACACUAUUUGAAGACAGCGAUUGUGAAAAUAAUAUCACUGGCCGAUUAUGUAACAUUGAAGCCCCGCAUCUUAAACUAUACGCUAUAAAAACGGCUACUUUCUGGCACAAAAUUCUCCGCGAUAAAUUUACAAGCGAGCUGGAAUCCAUUUUGAAGUCAAUGCGUUGGGGUUAUAAAGAAUAUGAUUCAUUAACGCUUUCACCGACCCGAGAUAACGUUUCAAAAGCUCAGCUACUGGCCGAAUAUUUGUUUCUAAUUAAAUCACCGAUCGAAGAGACCGAACCACUGGAAAUUAUCACACCAAGCAUUAUUUGUCAACCAGUAAGCACUGUUACAAAGCUGCUGCUGGCUCCAUAUCGACAAAGGGCCGUAGGCAGGGGGUGUAAGGGGUUAGAUGUGUCACCGAAUCCUGAAGCUUAAGCCCGCAUGAUGCCACGUUUUUUCCUGUAUUUUUCAUUUGAGAUACCGACAAAAACUGACGAAAGUCAAAUUACAAAAACAGUUCAGCAAUGUGUUAGAGAGAGCCAAAUUUUGUGUGAAAAAACAGUUCGAGUUUUGACAUUUCAAAUUUGCGUAAAACAUUUUUGAAAAAAAAAC